UUUUUAUUAAUGGUUUCGAUAAAUAUGAAUGGUCAAUCGCAUCAGUCAUCACCGUCAUUUUCUAAGCGCGCACGCAAAAAACACACAAACCCCCGAACGAAAACCUAAAACCCCUUCUCUAAUGUCUCUCUGAGAGACAUUUAUUUGGUAACCUAAAUAAAAACCCUCCUAAUCCCCGUUUAUUUACACUGCUUGCCACUCUUCCCUCCCGUGAUGCCUCCAACUUAAUUGAAAAAAAAUCCUCAAACCCUUUUUUUCUUUUAUUUUCUUCUUUUGCUGCUGCUGUUGCUGUGUCUAGGUUUUCUUUUUAGGUUGCUUUUGUAAAUAUGGAGAGAUCCGAUGGCAAAUUUCCCAACAACUUCUCUCAUGCUUCCUCAGAUAAUGCGCUUUUUGAUGCAUCCCAAUACGAAUUUUUCGGUCAAAAUGCUGUGGAUGAAGUGGUGUUGGGCAGUCUAGAAGAUGGUGAAGUGUUUGCAUCAGUUGAAGAUGAUGAGUACCAUAUGUUUGAUAGAGGAGAGGUUGUAGGUCUAGAAUCUUUAUCGGACAUGGAUGAUCUGGCUAGUACUUUUGCAAAGUUGAAUAGAGUUGUUACAGGACCAAGAAAUCCAGGAGUUAUUGGUGAUAGAUCUGGAUCUUUUUCAAGGGAAAGUUCAUCUGCUGCUGACUGGGCUCAGGAUGGAGAGUAUAUAAACUGGAUGGAUCAGCAUAUGUUUGAUGCAGAAGAUGCUCAAGAAGUUAGGAGAUGGUCCUCACAGCCACAACCUUCUUCUGCUCGUGUUUCUGAAUCGAAGCCUUUGUAUAGAACUUCCUCAUAUCCCCAGCAGCAACCACAGCCACUUCACUUCUCAAGUGAACCAAUUGUUGGACCCAAAUCAACCUUCACAUCUUUCCCUCCUCCUGGUAGCAGAUGCCAGCAGUCUUCACCUGCUCACCUGAAAAUUUCCGCUCUUAGUGGUGGAUCUCAGCCACCCUUCGCUGCAGCAAGCCUCUCUCCAUUGUCUAACUCUAGUCUUAAUCUGGCUGGUCUAUAUCAUGGACUGCAUUACAGUGGUAAUAUGUCCCAGUUAACAUCUCCAGGCCUAUCUUUUAGUAGCAGGUCACAAAAUCACUGGUUUAACCACUCUGGUUUAUUGCACGGAGAUCACGCAGGUCUUUUGCAUAAUAUGUUGCAACAGCAAAUACCUCAUCCAAAUGGCCUAAUGUCACCACGAAAGAAGUUGCAACAGCAGAGACUGCACCAUUCAGUUCAACCGUCCUUGGCACAUUUUGCAGCAUUGCAAUCUCAGCUGUAUAAUGCCCAUCCUUCAUCACAUAAAAUGAUACUUGGACUGGCUGAUCUUAGGGAUCAAAGAACUAAAUCAUCACAAAGAAACAGGCAGAGCAUGCGGUUUUCUCAGCAAAGUUCUGAUACUGGUAGCCAGAAAAGCGGCAGUGGGUUGGUGCAAUUCAGAUCCAAGUAUAUGACUGCUGAAGAGAUAGAGAGUAUUCUUAAGAUGCAGCAUUCUGCCAUGCAUAGCAAUGAUCCUUAUGUAGAUGAUUAUUACCACCAAGCUUGUCUUGUCAAAAGAUCUUCUGGAUCCAGGGCUAAAAAUCACUUUUGCCCAUCUCACCUGAAGGAAUUACAUUCUCGAUCCCGUAACAGUGGAGAGCAGCAUUUGCAUCUCCAUGCUGAUGCACUUGGCAAGGUUCCCUUCUCUUCCAUUCGUAGACCUCGUCCUCUACUUGAAGUUGAUCCUCCCUUAGGUUCAGGUGAUGGGAUUUCUGAACAGAAAACUGAGAAGCCUCUGGAGCAGGAACCUAUUUUUGCGGCUAGAAUUACCAUUGAAGAUGGUCUCUGUCUUCUUCUUGAUGUUGAUGAUAUUGACAGGCUCAUACUAUUUAGUCAACCCCAAGAUGGUGGGGCUCAGCUCAGGCGGAGGCGGCAGAUCCUGCUUGAAGGUAUGGCAGCAUCACUUCAGCUUGUUGAUCCACUUAGCAAAGGCGGGCAUGCAGUUAGUUGUGCUCCCAAGGAUGACAUUGUGUUCCUAAGAUUAGUCUCUCUUGCAAAGGGCCGUAAGCUCCUCACCAGGUUCCUUCAGCUUCUCAUCCCUGGAAGUGAGCUUAUUCGAAUAGUGUGCAUGGCCAUUUUCCGACACUUGAGAUUCUUGUUUGGUGGUCUUUCUUCUGAUCCCGAAGCAGCUGAGACAACUACUAAUCUUGCAAAGACUGUUUCUAUGUGUGUUAAUGGCAUGGAACUUCGUGCACUUAGUGCUUGCCUUGUUGCAGUUGUUUGUUCUUCAGAGCAGCCACCGCUUAGGCCCAUUGGAAGCCCUGCUGGGGAUGGUGCUUCAGUUAUUGUAAAACCAGUUCUUGAAAGGGCCACUCAACUUUUAAGUCAUCCUUCUGGAAGUUGCAGCAUGCCUAAUUAUGCGUUCUGGAGGGCAUCGUUUGAUGAAUUUUUCGCUCUCCUUACCAAGUAUUGUGCAAGUAAAUAUGAGAUGAUAAUGCAAUCAAUGCAUAACCAGACUCAGCGAAGCACGGAACUAAUUGGUUCAGAGGCUAUAAGCCGUGAAAUGCCUUGUGAGCUUCUACGAGCUAGUCUUCCUCACACAAAUGAAGGCCAGAGGAAGCUUUUGAUGGACUUUUCUCAGCGUUAUGUGCCCACCAAUGGAUCCCAUUCACCUGCUGGGAGUGCUAGCCAAAUAAACUCUGAAUCAGUGAGGGGUUAAUAAAGGACAAGGGUAGUGUUAAAAUGUCCUCAACACUACCUCUGAUAUAAUGUGGAAUGGGAGAGCAGAAUCAAGGGGUGUGUAGUUACUGUAGGAGUCUGGUUUAGAGGGGCCAUCAUUAUCUGCCUUGCACUUUGGUUCUUGUGGUUGUACUCUCCCCUCACCUUUCUAUCCCUCUUAUUUUUAUCUUUUUUUUUUUUAUUUUAAAUCCUUGAAGAGAAGGAAUCCAAGAUUGGCAACUUGAUGGAACUUAUAGUAACGUGAAUGUGUAUUAUGAUGGGAGUUGGUGACUGGAAGUUCAGCUUCUGGGGAGCUUUAUUUUGGUGCUCCGUGUUGAGACUCCAAUACAAGUGGAAGCGUAGUGGGUUAGAAUGUACAUAACCUUUGGAAACUUUUUUAUAUACUGUUUCAUUAUGUUAGUUCUGAUGGAGUCUGAUGAUGUCCAAGUGGGUGUCUGUCGUGCUUCUUUUCAUCUAUUUGUUGGAAACUGACGAGUUAUUCAAGGCAAGGGGCUUCUCUGAGUAAUCAGAAUCCUGUAAUAAUUUAGAAAGUAUUUGACAUGUUUAUAUAUAUAAUCAGACUUUGAUGCUAUCCUGUAAUAAUUCAUUCUUUAAUGUAUGAUUUCGUUCAGCUACCUAUCAGAAUUCCAAAAGGUCAGGGGAAAGCUUUUUAAAUGUAUGAUUAGACCCAUUCCAAAAGCAGCAACUUGCAAUCCCAAUUUAGCAAUCAUAAUUUCAUGAUAGUACCUAAAAUUAUAAUAUAAUUAAUUAAUUAUAAUUUGGUGUUUAAAAAAGCCUACUAAUUUAGGAUUAUGUAAAGUCUCUAAAAAUUUGUAGAAUUCAC